UAAAGCAAUUGUAGACAAUUGGGAGAGACAUGAAACUAACUUUUGCUUUGAGACGACGAAACGAAGUGAGAAAUAGAAAACCCUAAAAAUUGCUUAUAGACGAUAAACUCUGAAAAUCUCAAUUUGUUCACGAUGAUCGUACCAGUCCGUUGUUUUACUUGUGGAAAGGUGAUUGGGAACAAAUGGGAUACAUACCUUGAACUUCUCCAGGCUGAUUACGCUGAAGGGGAUGCUCUUGAUGCGCUUGGGUUAGUCCGUUACUGCUGUAGACGUAUGCUUAUGACUCAUGUCGAUCUAAUCGAAAAGCUUCUAAACUACAACACUAUGGAGAAAUCUGACCCCAAUUAAAGAAAGAUGCUAUGAUGACGAAUAACAAAUCGUCAAGAGCAAAAGUGAAGGAGUGAUGCAUCUCAUUCAUGUGGAAGUCUUAUCUUGCCUUUCUCUCUGAGGUUAAUAACUAACAAUGAUGUUUCAAAAGUUUUGUUGAGUUUAGAAACUAGAAAUUUUGAUGUUAUCAAUGUUUUCUCAUGUACUUGGUCUUGUAGAUUCUUCAUCUAUUGAUCUGCUAUUGGUAAUCUA